AUGACACGCACGGCCCGGCUGCCACUGCCGCUCCGGCCCGCCGGAGUGCUGCUCGCCGGCCUGCUCAGCCUCGCGUUGCUGCUGCGAGUGGUCCACUCGCUGCCGACCCGCCGCCAGGCGCUGCCCGUGCUCGACUCGGCGGCGGCGGCGGCACUCGAGGCCGCCGGCGGCGACCAGCGCAUGGUCGCCGCCCUGCGCUACGGCCUGCCCUUCCGGUGGGAUGCCCAGGCCCAGGCCCACACCCAGUCGCCGGCCUGCCCGGAAUCCUGCCUCGGCCCCUGCGACGAGUAUGGCUGCCUGGCCUGCCCGGAGGGCGCGGCCUUUGCCUUCGGCGACCGGGUCUUCUGCACCGCCGCCCGGAAGCUCUGCCCCAUCGCCCAGGCCCUUCCGGAUGCCAGCCACCAAGCGGACAUCCUCUGUGCCCCCGGCUGCCAGAUAUACGACCCCAGCCGGCGGGAUUGCCUUGAAUGCCUCCAGCCCUACUCGCUGAUGGUCGAUCGCAGUUGCGAGGCCUUCUGCCCGAUCAACUGCCAAAUGUGCACCCAAUCCGGCUGCUCCUCCUGCGAGGAGGGCUUCUACCUGGAUUACAACGCCUGCUACUCGUGCCCAGAGGAGUGCACCCACUGCAGCUCCCCCUCCCUCUGUAGCAGCUGCUCCCAGGGCCAUUUCCAUCACAGCGGCCAGUGCGGCUGCCUGUCCAGCUGCCCGCCGAACUUCCACGACGCCGGCGGCGCCUGCUCCCCCUGCUCGGCCAACUGCACCACCUGCACGUCGGUGGCCAAUUGCACCGCCUGCUCGACCGGGCACCACCUCCUCGAUGGGGCCUGCGUGGACCAGUGCCCAAGUGGCACCUUCGAUGCCGACACCGCCCCGGCCCAGUGCCUCGCCUGCCAUCCCCUUUGCCAGGAGUGCGCCGGGCCCGGCUCCAGUGACUGCACCGCGUGCGACCCGCCGCUGGUCAUUCGCCAGCCCAUCCCCCCGGUGGAGCCGCCCCUGGCCGUGGGCCAAUGCGUGCCGGACUGCCUCAAUGACCCGUCCCAGUGCGCCGAAUGCGAGGAUGACUGUGUCCUCUGUCGCAAGGUCCCCGACGAGGAGGGCAGCUUCUGCCUGGAAUGCCGCGACCCGCUGGUGUCGCUGGAUGGCCGCUGUGUGGCGGCCUGCCCGCCGGGCCACGGCCUGCCCCCCGGGUCCGGCUAUUGCACCCGGUGCUCCAGCUCCUGUGGGGAUUCCUGCUUCGGCCCGGCCAGCAACCAAUGCCAGUCCUGCCCGCCGGGCCGGUUCCUCCAGGCCGGCGAGUGCCGCGAUGCCUGCUCCGCCGUCGGGUGGUUCCAGUCCUCGAGCACCGGCUGCAGCCGGUGCCAUGCCAGCUGCUCCCAAUGCACCGGGCCGGGCCCGGACCAGUGCGUGUCCUGCCCGCGCGGCAGCUACCGGCUCCCGGCCCCGGAGGGGGGCUUCGCCUGCAUGGCCACCUGCCCGGCCGGGCACUUUGCCGACAUCCCCCAGGCCGCCUGCCGGCCGUGUGCCGCCGAUUGCGCCACAUGCGACCACCCGCACGUGUGUCUCACCUGCCGGACGCCCGAGUGGCUGCUCCUGCCGCAGGGCGGCUGCGCGGCCGCCUGCCCGGCCGGCAUGGCCCCCACCAGUGACGAGCCGCCGGCGUGUGUCGCCUGCGAGGCCGGCUGCGCCGAGUGCGAGGCCGCCCCCGGCCAGCCCGGGCCCCGGUGCCUGCGCUGCGACCCGGGGCUGGUGCUCCUCCAGACCGGCGUCUGUGCCGGGACCUGCCCGGCCCGGCAGUUCGACGACGCCGGCGCCUGCGCCCCCUGCCAGCCGGAGUGUGCCGGCUGCCGCCAUGCCGCCGGCCAUUGCACCGCCUGCUCGGCCCCCGGGGCCCGGCUUCGCCCGGAUGCCGGCCAGUGCGUCGACACCUGCCCCCCGGGCGAGGCGCCCCCGGCCAAUGACGCCACCCUCUGCCGGGCCUGCCAUGCCCACUGCGCCGGCUGCCUGACCGCCGACGAUGCGCACGCCUGCGACGCAUGCCCCCCCGGCCGGUACCUUGCCCAGGGCGCCUGCCUGGAAGCCUGCCCCGAUGGGACCUACCCCGAGGAGGGCCUUUGCCUGGCCUGCGACUCGAGCUGCGCUCGCUGCUCCGGCCCCGGGCCCGGCAGCUGCCUGGCCUGCAGGCUCCCCGACCGGGUCCUGCUGACCGGGCGCUGUGUGGCCCGGUGCCCGGAUGCCGGCUACUGGCUGGACACGGCCCAGGCCAAGUGCCGACCCUGCGUCAGCGGCUGCAUGACCUGCAACCGGGCCGCCUGCACCGUCUGCCAGGCCGGCCUGGCCCUGGUCACCGGCCCGCAGCCGGCCUGCGUGGCCGUCUGUCCGGGCGGCUUCUUCGAAGAUGUCACCUCUCCGGCGCCCGACGCCCGGGUCUGUCUCCCCUGUGCCGAGGGCUGCCACACAUGCACCGGCCCGGCCGGCAGCCACUGCCAGGCCACCUGGUGCCAGUUCGAGGGGACAUGCUCGCGUUCGGCCCGGUCCGUGGCCAUCGGCGUCGGCGUCGGCGUGACGGUGCUGCUGCUGCUGCUGCUGGCCGCCGCGCUGGUGCUCUUCAGCAUGUGGCGCCAGCGCCAAGCUGCCGGCCUCGCCAAGACCGACAUCAAUGAUGAUGACGACCGGACCGUCAUGAACACCCUAGUCGACCUCGCGGUGCCGGGGUUCUUGCUCUUUUCCCUCAAUGAGGACGUCCGCCUGGCUGACGACCAGCAGGUCGGAGCCGGGGCACAGGCGCGCAUCCUCGACGCCACGGCCGUCACGCCGGCCCUCGCGGACAGGGCUCGGGGCGCGCCCCUUGUCUUGAAGAUGCUCCACCCCGCCGGCACGCCGGGCGCCCUGCCGGCUGAGCAUGCCGAGAUCAUGUUCCGCAACGAGCUUUCCAUCAUCUGGGCCCUGCAGGCCUCGCCCAACAUCGUCCGGCUGAUUGGAUAUACCAGUGCCCCGUCGGCGCUGAUUCUCGGCCGCGAGCCGACCGACCUGAAUAGCUUGCUGGACCGCGGCGAGCCGGUGGCCUUGGAGGACGCUCGCGCACUGCUACGCGGCAUGUUCGCCGGGCUGGCUUUCAUCCAUGCCGAGGGCGUGGCCCAUCGCGACAUCAAGUCCCAGAACAUCCUGGUCGGGGUGUCCACCGAGACCGGGCGCAUGCGGCCCCUGUUCACGGAUUUCGGCGUGUCGGUCGCCGUGUCCCGCGGGUCGGCCCUCCUGGACUCGGUCCUGCCCGGCGCAUGCAGUGUGUUCUUCGCCGCGCCGGAGAUUCUUAGCAACCUCGGCCAGACGGUGGUCAACCUGCAGGCCGUCAGCCACCUGGCGGCCGAUGUCUACUCCUUGGCCUCGGUGGCGUGGCACCUGCUGACGCACCAGCACCCAUGGAACGGCCUCGCCCACGCCGCCGUGGCGGCCGCGGUCUUGCACCACCAGCAGCGGCCGGAUUCCCAUGGCCCCCAGCCGGUUCUGGACCUCGACGACCCACUGAUCGCCUGGGCCCUGGACAUGCUGCCCUCGAUGUGGCAUUCGGACCCGGCGCAGCGCCCCCAGGCGGCCAGCCUGGCGGCCGCGUGCCAGGCCGCGCCCUGA